AUGGAGGCGUGGCGGCGGCGGGUGGGGGCGGGGGCAGUGGGGGCGAGCGCGUUGGAUCCGAUGAAAGCAUGCUCCGCGCGGGCGGCGGCUGCUGGCGGGUGGAGCGGCCGAGGCGCGGGCGCGGGCGCGGCGGGAGCGGUGGCGGGGGUUGGCGCGGCGGCGGGGAAGGCGCGUGGAUCCGAUGAAAGCAUGAUCCGCGCCGGCGGCGGGGGCGGGAAUGGUGGCGGCGGCGGCCGGCACUCGCCUCCGCGCAUGGACCGUACUGGACCUCGCAAGAGAGUACAGGACAAGAAGAAGAAGCGCCUGUGCCCGGACUGCCACCGGUCCGUGAGCAGCCGGCUGUACCUGCAGUGCGAGGACCCGCACCGCUCCACCUUCAGCCUCGCCUCGCUCAGCCUGCGCGCCUCCGACCUCACGUUGUCGUCGCGCCAAGCCACGUCGUCCGUCUGAGGCGCGUGCGCCGUGCACGGCGGCGGCCUGCACCCUCCAGGCCUCCCCGCGCGGCCCCGGCGCUAACCUCCCCGCCGCCGCCC